AUGCCAGGCCGCAAUACCUGUGUGACAGAACUUUCUUGUGCGGAUAGUCCCCUCUCAACUACCGGCAGUGUUAUCGGUAUCCUCACACUUGCAUACGCACUCUUCCUUACGAUUAUGUUUCAAAUGAAUGCAAUAGCUGGAGUGGAUACGGAAAUCGACGAGUUUAUCGACCGUUUGAGAGGGGAGUAUGAAUCUUUGAAACGGGCCGUGAAGUUGCUCGAUGAAUUUGGAGACAGAAUUCCCCAAACCACAAGACGCAACGUGGGAUUUAUAGCACAAGAAGCUACGAACAUUGUCCUGAACGAUGCAUCACCGCCACUAUUAGCAGAAGGGGCAGACUUUGAAUGGAUGCCAUGUUCAUUGAGACGGCUUUUCAGAAGAAGUGAUUUCCUCCGAAGAAAUAAAACCGUUUUCAACGAUCACCAGAAGGUAAUAGAAAAACGAAUGCAGGUUGAGGGAAUGUGCAGUCAGGCUUUAUAA